UGUGUUCUUCUGACCCCAGAAUGUUGACCAUUGCUCUUCUUGCCCUUGUCUGCGCAUCAGCCUCGGCCAAUGCCAUUCAGGCUAGGUCCUCCUCCUACAAUGGAGAGUAUGGAGGCGAUGGAGGUGAGCGAUUCUCCCAUUCUGGUUACCAGCUGGAGGGCCCCAUCACUGCCAUCCGGGUCCGCAUCGACAACAACUACAUCAUAGGCCUCCAGGUGCGCUAUGGCAAGGUGUGGAGCGACUAUGUGGGUGGCACCCAGGGAGACCUGGAGGAGAUUUUCCUGCACCCCGGGGAGUCAGUGAUCCAGGUGUCUGGCAAGUACGACUACUACCUGAGGAAGCUGGUGUUUGUGACUAACAAGGGCCGGUACCUGCCUUUUGGGACAGACAUAGGCAGGAGUUUCAGUGCUGUCCCCUUGUACCACAACACCGUACUACGAUUCGUUAGCGGUCGCGCUAGCACCCUCAUCAAUGCCAUAGGCCUGCACUGGGACUUCUACCGCAGGUAUUGAACCAGUUGCUGAACCGCUGCAGCCGGCUGUGAGAACCGCCUUACCACUACCCCACCUACAGGGUUCAAUAAAGAUAAUAAUAAAAGGACAUAGCUGA